UUACGUGUGUUCAUAUGGAAACGGUCCCUCAACUGAGCUGAAAUUGUGAGUGGUUUUGUGUAUCGACCUUAAUUGCUGUUUAUUUAUUUAAUUUUGACCGAUUUUCGCUAUUAACAAUCCAUAUUUACCAUCAGAAUGAUGAUACCUUUCAGAUUGUUUAAUACUGUGAGACUAUUUAGAAGACAUAACCUAAUUGGUACAUCUUAUAACUCAUCGGUGCGUUUAAUAAAAACUGGCAAUGAUGGUACUGGUGGAGGCAAAGCUUCUGGCCAUGACAAUAUUCCUCCAUCUAUUCCUUAUGGUGGUGAUGGUGACAUCUACCUUCGCCCUGGGCUACAGAGAAGACCACCAGGACCAAAAACUGUUGAAGACUUUUUGAAUCCCGAAGGUGAAGAUAAGAAUUGGCUUUCAUAUGGUUGCGAUCCAAUAAGCAAAAAACACGAUAGAUACGAGAUGCAUUACUAUGCAGCCACUACAAUUAUUAUAUUUUUUGUCUGGGGAGCUCUUAUCUCUCGUUAUUAUAGACCUGAUUAUGCACCUAGAAAUAUCCUUUCUGGUCCGGGUAUAGUAGCAGGUCGUCAACAAUGGGACUUUUGGGCACUGAGGGAAGCUUAUCUUGAAAUAGAGCGACGUGAAAAGCUAGGGUUACCUUAUAUUGAUCCCGACUAUAUUCCUGCUGAAAAAAUGUUAUCGCAACUGCCAUCAGAAGAAGAACUUGCACUUUACGAUUAUGAUGUUUACGUAUAAUUUUAUUAAAAUUGGUAAAUAUCUGUAAAAACAAUAAUGGCAAUUUUAAUGGUGUUAACCUGGUCCAAACUUUAAAAUCUAUGAGAAUAUUAAAUGCCAUCGCUCAUUCAAAACCACGUAAUCAAUCUUAAUUUAACAGGUUAACAUAAAUUUUGUUGUAAAAAUCCUUCGAACUAAUAGUUGUAUAAUAAAUGUUACACAUAAAA